GAUGUAUUACAAGGACAAGCUAUCUUCAAUGCCUACAUCAAGAAGGAGUCACAUCAUCAUUGGGUGCUGGUGACACCACACAAUACUGGCGCAAUCCUCAAGGCCAUCAAAGAUGGAUUUUGUUCAGAUCUGUGCAGUCAUGGUGUCAAGAGCAUCACCCAGGUCAUGUGCAUGUUGCUGACCUGGGAGGCCCUCAUGUUGCCUCUCAGAAGCAUCAUUGCACUCAGCAAGGAUCAGACCAAGAUCCUACUCACCUUCAAUCUGGAAAAGCACCAAUGCAAGUGGGUCAUCUCCAGUGACACUGCAGUGCAGUGCCUGCGCAAGCAGCUGUGUGAUGCUCUCAGCAAGAUCUCAGCUGCUGUCACACUCCCUGUCAUCAUCCCAAACACUUAA